CGUCCGACCGGGCCCCGGAAACCCCUUCCUUGGCACCAUGGCCUCGGAGUCGGUGAAGGUGGUGGUGCGCUGCCGCCCCAUGAACCGGCGGGAGCGGGACCUGAACUGCCAGCCGGUGGUGACGGUGGACUCCGCGCGCGGCCAGUGCUUCAUCCAGAACCCGAGGGCCGCCGACGAGCCCCCCAAGCAGUUCACCUUCGAUGGCGCCUACUACAUGGACCACGUCACUGAGCAGAUCUACAAUGAGAUCGCCUACCUGCUGGUGGAGGGCGUCACUGAGGGCUACAACGCCACCAUCUUUGCCUAUGGCCAGACGGGCAGCGGGAAGUCCUUCACCAUGCAGGGCCUGCUGGACCCACCCUCCCAGAGAGGCAUCAUUCCCAGGGCCUUCGAGCACAUUUUUGAGAGUGUCCAGUGUGCGGAGAAUACCAAGUUUCUGGUCCGGGCCUCCUACCUGGAGAUCUACAAUGAAGAUAUCCGUGACCUGCUGGGGGCUGACACCAAGCAGAAGCUGGAGCUGAAAGAGCACCCGGAGAAGGGAGUGCACGUGAAGGGGCUGUCCAUGCACACGGUGCACAGCGUGGCCCAGUGCGAGCACAUCAUGGAGAUGGGCUGGAAGAACCGCUCAGUCGGCUACACCCUGAUGAACAAGGACUCCUCGCGCUCCCAUUCCAUCUUCACCAUCAGCAUUGAGAUCUACGCCGUGGAUGAGCGAGGCAAGGACCACCUCCGGGCAGGCAAGCUGAACCUGGUGGACCUGGCAGGCAGCGAGCGGCAGUCCAAGACGGGUGCCACGGGGGAGCGGCUCAAGGAGGCCACCAAGAUCAACCUGUCGCUGUCGGCUCUGGGCAAUGUCAUCUCGGCCCUGGUGGAUGGGCGCUGCAAACACAUCCCCUACCGGGACUCAAAGCUGACGCGGCUGCUGCAGGACUCACUGGGCGGCAACACCAAGACGCUGAUGGUGGCCUGCCUGUCGCCUGCUGACAACAACUACGACGAGACGCUCAGCACACUGCGCUAUGCCAACCGAGCCAAGAACAUCAAGAACAAGCCACGCAUCAACGAGGACCCCAAGGAUGCCCUUCUGCGCGAGUACCAGGAGGAGAUCAAGAGGCUCAAGGAGAUGGUGGCCCAGCAGAUGAGCCCCAGCAGCCUGUCAGCCCUGCUGUCCAGUCAGGAGCCCCUAAACCCUGUCCAAAUGGAGGAGAAGCCGUUGCCCUCACCUGUGAUCCAGCAUGACACGGAGGCUGAGAAGCAGCUGAUCCGGGAGGAGUAUGAGGAGCGCCUGGCCCAGCUGAGGGCCGACUAUGAGGCAGAGCAGGAGUCCAGGGCCCGGCUGCAAGAGGACAUCGCUGCCAUGCGCAACUUGUAUGAUGUGAAGCUGUCCACACUGGAGGAGAGCCUGCGCAAGGAGACAGAGGCCGUCAUGAAGGCAGAAGUCAUCUACAAGGCUGACGUCAUGUCCAGGGCCGAGUUUGCCAACAGGUCUGAGUAUGCGUCCACUUUCCAGUACAAGAAGCCUGAGGUCUACUCCAUAUUCGAUGAUCCAUUCAGUGAGGACAUCGCUAAGGCUGGGGUUUCUUCCCUGUUUGAGGACCUGCCCAAGGUGGAGACCUCCAAGUGUGAGAUUUUUUUUGGGUUUGAUGACUCAUCCACACUCGAAGAAACCUCCGCGUCUGAGGCCUUCCUUGGGUUCGAGGAGCCCUCCAACCUGGAGUUCUCUUCCAUGCCCGAGGUGGAGGCCAAGAGCAAAUACUUCCUGGAUGAGGAUCUCAGCCAGGAAGCCCUCCUGGAGGAGGAGCCCCAGGUGAUGUCCCUGGAGCUGCUACCAGGCCUGCACGACCCAUUUGCCGAGGUAGAAGCCAAGCUGGCCAGGCUGUCCUCCACCGUGGCUGCGGAAGAUGUACCCCAAGUGGACGUACCCAAGGUCGCCAUGCAGGAGGUUGACCUGGGCCCAAAAGUGGCCAAAGAGGAGGUGUUGACAGUAGAAGCUGGCGUGAAGACUGAGGCUGAGGCCCAGCCCCCACCUGCCAUGACAAGCUCGAGUACGGACAGUGUGGGUGUGGAGGUGGCAGUGCUGGCUGAUGACCUGAUGCCCAUUGUGGACCAGCAGCAGGUGCUCGCCCGAUUCGGUCACGUUUGCCUCCUCCAUGCUGGCAGUUUGCAGCUGUUGCAGCAGCAGGUGGUCGGUGGGGAACAGGCCAAGAACAAGGACCUGAAGGAGAAGCACCGGCGGCGGAAGCGCUAUGCAGACGAGCGCAGAAAGCAGCUGGUGGCUGCCCUGCAGAACUCCGACGAGGACAGUGGGGACUGGGUGCUGCUCAAUGUCUACGACUCCAUCCAAGAGGAAGUGAGGGCCAAGAGCAAGCUGCUUGAGAAGAUGCAGCGCAAGCUUCGGGCAGCAGAGGUGGAGAUCAAAGACCUGCAGUCGGAGUUCGAGUUAGAAAAGAUCGAUUACCUGGCCACCAUCCGUCGGCAGGAGCGUGACUUUAUGCUCUUCCAGCAGCUCCUGGAGCAAGUGCAGCCCCUGGUUCGCCGGGACUGUAACUACAGCAACCUGGAGAAGAUCAGGCGCGAGUCCUGCUGGGAUGAGGACAGUGGCUUCUGGAAGAUCCCCAAGCCUGUCAUCAUCGAAACCUGCCUCCCAGUAGCAGUUUCAACAGGGCCACGGAACAAAGCAGUCCGGAAAACCUCUGCAGCAGACAACGGCGAACUAGGCAUGCAGGAAGAAGACCGCUACAAGCUGAUGCUCAGUCAGAGUGACAGUGAAAAUAUUGCCAGUAACUACUUCCGGCCCAAGCGGGCCAGCCAGAUCCUCGGCACAGAUCCCAUGAAGAGCCUCUCACAUCACAACUCGCCGCCAAGCCUCAGCUGCCUCCUCAGCAACAGCUCUGCCUUCCCACUCGCCCAGGCCCCUGAAAUGCCCCAACCCCGGCCCUUCCGCCUCGAGUCCCUCGACAUCCCCUUCACCAAGGCCAAGCGUAAGAAAAGCAAAAGCAGCUUUGGCAAUGAGCCUCUGUGAACACAGCUACCUGCUGCCCUGCCGUUGGCCUCUGUGAGACUGCCAGGCCCUCCCAGGGCCGCCCCAGCCAGGAUUCCUCCUACCUGCCCCAUAGUGACCCAGGGGGCCAGAGGGGGCCCUCGCCCUGGGAAGACACAUUCCCUUCCCUGUUCCCCAGAGAGCCCACUUCUGCCUGACGUGGGUGCCCCUCGGAGGCUGGACCAUCCUUGGAGAGGUCCACCCUGGCUCUCCACGCCACUUCAGUGUUUCCAUCGUCUCGCCUGCCACAGACCUGCCAUUUACCCCACCAGUAUGGUUUGUGCCUCGAUGGGCUCGGAAGCCUCAGCUCAGCCUCAAGGCCUUCACCAGCAGCCCCAACAGAGUGGGCAGCAACUUUCACGUGGCUCAAGCUCAAUAUCUCGAUGAUUGAAAAUUGUGCCUCCGUCCAGUUGGCCCCACUUCCUGGGGGAAUCCCUGCGGGAUGGGUACGUGCAUCCUGUUCCCCCUCCUGCCCAUUCCCAGCUGGUCUGUGGCCCAGAGGAGGCCACUCCAUAUUAAGCUGCCCCAAUAAACUGCC